AUGGACGACAAGGCCGGUGUUGCUAUUGCACUCAUGAAAACUAAUGCCGAGAACCCUACUAAGCCUCAGUACGACCGCGUUAUUUUAGUCUUCACAGGCGCUGAAGAACGCAGCAAAAUGGGCCUUGCGAUGUCCCAGUAUCUUACCCGCGCCGAGAAGCAUCAGCCCGCCUUACCAGCUGGGUGGGAAACACGAACUGCAUGGCUUCAGACAAGGACCAAUGUUCUGGGUCAGGCAGCGCCCCACGAAAGCUGGUACAAGAACCUUCGACCUACCAAAGAGCUUCCCGUGGCAACGGGAGAGUCUUUAAUGGCAGAAGUCGUCAAAGUCGGCAGAGGUUCCUCCGUCGACAUCUUCCAGGUCGCGCCUUGUGAAGAUAAUGACGUCUGGGAAUUCAUCAAUGCAUUGCCCAACAUCAACAUCUACCAUCUCUUCUUUGGGUACAACUCCCGACAAGGCAUCGCCACCGACGACAUGGACCGAGCGAGUAGACUAGCUCUAUCACAGAGACAAGUUCAGUUUCACAAGACCCUUCAGGCGCGCCUUAGCAACAGGCAUCCCAGCGCUCGAGUGAUCUUUACCCAGAACGUCCCUUCUUUCGCCAACGCCGGAGCUGGCUCUCAGGAUCUGUCUUGGUGCAGGAAGUAUUUCCCUGAAGAAGACAUCUUAAUGGCGUUGCGGGAUCCUUUCUGGACCGGCCUCAUCACUCUAGCCAACAAGUACGCAGACGAAGCAGCGAAACUACAACAGAUACCCGCUUCAGAGGAAUUCAUGACUCAGGUUGUGUCAUCUCGAUUGAAGGAGACGACUCUACGAGUUCAAAUCUUGAACAUGCUCAAGAGUGCCGUUUCGAGUCAACAGUUUGCACAGGACUCACCAAGAUCUUACUCCCGUGUUCGCGAUAUCCUAAUCGAAGAGUUUACCGGGAAACCGGCGCCCACACUAGAGCUAGGAGACGCGAAUCACAUGGCAAUCGUAAUGCAAUAUCUUGACAACGAGAGCAAGGACCGUAGUAGUUACGCAAUGAGACUUCUGCCGGCCUUGUGCGACACAAGUGAGGAGAACCCGACUCAACCUCCUCGAGUCUCAGCAGGAGCACCGGCUGCGCAAAGUCCAGAUGGAUGGGUCCUUGCGGGGUGUGACAUCCAAGAGACGAGAAAGUAUAUCGAAGGACUCUUCGGGAAGAGUGCGUUGUCGUGA